CUUGAAUUGACCGCAAUGUAGUUUUUCUACGGUAGAUAAGAAGUAUUAUAUCUGCCCAUAUACAGAGAAUAUAAAAAGAACAUUUAAAAGGUUUGCUCCCAAAAUUGAGUGUUCUUUGAUUUUGACAUUCGUACCGAAUAGAAGGGCUCCUAUCUGGGUUUAACGCGAACGGACGUUUUACAGUUCUCUGUUUAAUAGUUAUCGAAAAAUACCGCGAAUCCUCUUGACUUUUGAAUUGUAUAAACAACAGACACAGAUGUACUGUAUAUCUCUUCGAUCAUAGCGUUAGUACCACAAGAGACACGUGUGUAAAAACCACAAAAGACCGCCCCCCGCCCAUAUGGCGAGGAAACAACCGUGAGUGAAUAUUGCGAAUCGAAGCCUAUAAAUAACGCAAGCGUGUGUAACAGAAAUAUUGAUAUUUAGAAAAGUUAAUGUGGACGAUUACUCAGUAUGCUUAUCUACCGACACGGCCGAAUGUUAUUAUGCACACUGAUAGCAGUACUGCUACUAACAGCUAGCAUGAUGCUAGUUAUUUUCAGCAAUACCAACUCUUAUUUAAUUAAAAAAUUUGAGUCCCUAUGUACGCUUAAUUCGUUUGUAAAAACAGCGGAACUGUUAGAAACUACUAUUAAAAUUACAUCUACAACUACAGCACGUCCAAAGACUCCUAUUCAUUGUUAUCGAGAAAACGAAGAAUCUCUGCCUAAUAUUUUAAACUUCAAUCCAAGACCAGGCAAGUCUAUAUUCUUCCAUGAGACAUCAUGCAGCUCAUUUGAGCACGGCAAAAUAGUCAUUAAUUCACGACAGGCGUGCGCUGUGGAAAGUGCUGCUAAAAUGAAUCCAGAUUUUGAUGUAUAUUUACUGUAUGCUUCGCCAGGGAUAUUUAAAUUUGAAGGAAAUGAAUCAGAUUAUUUUUUAAGAAGUUUAUUAAGCUAUAAAAAUGUGCAUAUUCUACAUUUGAAUUAUGGAAACUACGUUAAAGGUACGCCAGUCGAGGCAUUGUGGACUUCCGGAAAGAUUGAGAAAUCUUCAUAUGUCGUGUCACAUGCAAGUGACGUACUGAGGUAUCUAACACUUUGGAAAUAUGGUGGUAUUUAUUUAGAUUUGGAUGUAGUAGUGAUAAAAUCCUUACAGGAUCUACCGUUAAAUUAUGCAGGUAUACAGAGUCGGAACGAAGUAGCAGCAGGUGUUGUUAGCUUUGAAUCAGAUGGUUUCGGACAUAGUUUGGCUGACAAGUGCGUGAAUAAACUAAAAAAUGACUUCAGUGGUGUAUAUUGGGGACAUAAUGGACCAGAUAUAAUUUCUUCAGUAAUGAAAGAAAGCUGUAACGUCACAAUAGCAUCCGACAUGUUAAAGAAAAAUUGUACUGGACUGAAAUUGUAUCCAAUCGAGACAUUUUACCCCAUAUCUUACCCACAAUGGCAGAAAUAUUUUAAGGAAGAGUAUUUGAAAGAAGUUAUUAAAUCCACAAAAAAUACUUACGUAGUGCAUACGUGGAACAAGUUAAGUGAAAAAUGGCAAAUACCAAUUAAUACAAACCCAGCCUAUUUGCAUUUUGCUAAAUUGCAUUGUCCGAAGGUCGUUGAGGCUUGCAAGACACAUUUUUAAAUGGUGUUAAUAUGCUGGUGUAUGAAGUAUUCCUGAGAUUUUAUCAUAUGCGAAUCUGGAUCAGACGCGAUCUUGGUGCUCUAAUUUAUUAUUUCUAAUUUAUUUAUUACUGUCUUAAGAAUGAUGAUGAAUAUUUUAAUCUUAUAAUUUUUUUCUUAAGUCUAUAUUUGGCGUAUUAAAUUCGGAUCAGUCAACCUGACCUGAUCAGUUAAAACCUG